AUGCUUAGGAAAGAAGCCACCUGGCAGAAAGCACCUUUGGAGCCCACUGCAGGCUGCCAGGACAGGAAGCAUGGAGGUCAGUGGGCACCCUGCCCCCUGGGCACCACAGCCUGGCCAGCCUCUGGCCAGCUCACCAGCAAGCCCUCCUGCAUACCCCAGGCAGCAAGCAACGCCUCCCUGAGCCUCAGGGGCCUCAGUGUGCCAGUCUCUGUGCUGUGCUGGCUCCUCCUUCCCUCAAGCCACCUGGCUGCCACACUGGCUCCAAGCCCCCUGAUGCUGUUGACCAUCCUGUGGAGCCAGAGGCUGCGACAGGAGUCCGACGACCUGCUGCUGGCUAACACCCUGCUCUCAGAGCUGGCCUACGUUGUCUUCCACGUGCUCAUCUCCUCCAGCAACCUGGGCAGCUGGGCCCUGGGCUGCAUCACCUGUGGUGUCCUCACGGACGCUGUCUUCGCUGCCCACACCAGCACCGUCCUGUCCUUCGCAGCCACCAUGCUGCACACCUCCCGGGCAGUCCCUUGUCCUCCACACGGCCUCUCCCUCACGUCCUGUGAGGCUGCCCAGGAGGCAGUGGCCCUCAUCUGGCUGGUGGCCUGCUUCUUACCCACAUUUCAUUGGCUCAGCAAGCAGCAGGAUGCCAGGUUGGAGGAGUGAGGGGCCCCAUGUAUCCUGCAGCUGAGCCGGGGCACUGAGCUAGGCCAUGGCCCCCUGGUCACUGUCACCCACACCUAGAUCUUGUGCAUUCUCUGUCUGUGCACAGCUCUCAUCACGCACUGCUUCUGGAGGAUCUAUGCAGAGGCCAGGACUUCCCAGCUUUCCUGGGCCAGAGGCACCUUGCUUAACCACACAGGGCUAAUCACACUGUAUGUUAGCCUAGUGGUGGUGUUUCCCAUGGACAUUGUGCUGACCAAGUACCACCACACUGGUGUGAGGACUCAGGCAGCCAACAGUAAAGUGCUCAUGAUGCUUCCCCGUGCCAUGCUCCCAUACGUGUACAGACUCCACUACCAGCAGCUGCUGGGGAUGAUCUGGGGCCACUUCUCAUCCAGGAUGCACAGUGACAUCUUCACCAUUUCUCAGAGCUACAGACUUCACAGUCUGGCAGGCUGA